AUGCUUCCUAGCUCACUGGCCAUUUACUUACUCAGUCUCCUUGCUUUCGUGAACGCGGCACCAUGCGAUCUCUACGCCUCUGGUGGUACUCCUUGUGUUGCUGCUCAUGCAACGACCAGAGCACUCUUCGACUCUUUCAUUGGUUCGUUAUAUCAGCUCAAACGCGGCUCUGAUAAUGCUACUCUCAAUAUCGCCCCACUUUCGGCUGGUGGUGUGGCUAAUGCUGCUGCCCAAGACUCGUUCUGCAACGGAACAACCUGCUUAAUCACAAUUAUCUACGACCAGACGGGUCGCGGAAACCAUCUUACGCAGGCACCGCCAGGUGGUGCCGCACAGGGCCCAGAGGCGAAGGGACUCGAUAGCCUGGCGGCUGGUGGCGGAGCACCAGUAACAUUGAAUGGACGAAAGGCCUAUGGUGUAUUCAUCCCUCCUGGGACAGGCUACCGCAAUGACGCCACAAAUGGAAUUGCAGUGGGCGACGCAGCAGAGGGUAUAUAUGCGGUGCUUGAUGGGACUCACUAUAACGAUCAAUGCUGCUUCGACUAUGGCAACGCAGAGACCAACGCUCAGGAUACUGGCAACGGGCAUAUGGAAACCAUAUAUUUUGGUACAGCAGGCGGCUCCGGCGCAGGAAGUGGCCCUUGGGUCAUGGCUGACCUUGAAAAUGGACUUUUCUCUGGCCAGAACCGCAACUCCAACCCUGGCGACAAAACUAUCAGCAGCCGCUUCAUUACGGCCAUCGUCAAAGGCCAACCCAAUAACUGGGCAAUCAAGGCUGGCAACGCCCAGUCGGGGACUCUGACAACAAUGUGGAGUGGUCCGAGACCCACCGACGGAUACAAUCCAAUGAAAAAAGAAGGCGCCAUUCUCUUGGGUGUUGGUGGCGACAACAGCAACUGGGCUCAAGGCACAUUCUAUGAGGGUGCGAUGACCAGCGGGUUUCCCACCGACGCCGUUGAAAACGCUGUUCAAGCCAACAUUAUUGGAGCUGGUUACGCUACUACUUCACUGGUUAGUGGUCCGGCAAUGAGCGUCGGCUCAAUUGUUUCUCUCCGAGCGACGACAGCAUGCUGCAGCAAUCGAUAUAUUGCUCACAGUGGCUCGACCAUCAGCACACAAGCUGUCUCCUCAUCCGAUUCAAUUGCUACUAGACAAUCUGCUUCUUGGUUGGUUGUUUCAGCCCUUUCUGCUACUGCGGCAUCCACCCCGGGCACCUACUAUCUGUCAAACGUAAGACCCGUUAGGUACUAUAUUGUACCGAGCACUUCUGGUGCCGGGAAGUAUCAUUUGACUCCCCUCAAGGCGCGGGAUGGACGCAUGAAGCGCGUCAUUCAGCCUACCAAAAGUCAGGCUGUGCGUCGGGCUGCUCUCCGAUCACAGCUUGCGCUCCUUCUUCAAGGCGACAGUAUCUCGGAUGGUCCACAGACACUCGGCAGCACCAGCGAGGAGCCUGGAGGCGACCAAUGGGUGGAUGAGAUGCCCACCGAUAGCCUCCCGGUCCCGUAUUUUGAACCGGUGCAGGUGCCUCUUCCCCCGCGCCGAGCUGCGGUCUCUCGCUUCAACCUUGCUGAUGCCUGGGGGAAUCUCCUCCCUGCUCUGGAGGGCCCAUGGUCCCAGUUCAAGCAGGCUACUUAUGCCUCCCCACCCACUCACAUUGGGCCCUCGCUCCACCAUGAAUGCCAGCAUGCAUGCGACACUUAUAUCAACAAAUCAGUUGACUGUCUCUACCCCACGCUCGGACCGGCGUCAAAGCGUCCAGAUCCAUUUCGGCGAAGCCUCACGCAGGCUGUCCUUUGGUCCAGUAAUCUGCGCGACCGUAUAGCGCUUAGAUGGCGCCGCUACCUCCCCUUCGAAUGCCUCCGCCGCCGCCUCAAAUGCCCCCAAUGCCCCCUUCUCCUUCCUUCUGUCCCCCCUUCGGACGCCUCCACCUCCGCCUCCACUGCUCCUACGGACGCCGCUCCUGUCCCUUCGAAUGCCUCCGCCACCGCCUCCAAUGACGCCUCCGGUCAUGUCCUCCCUGCCUCUGGCACCGCCCAUCACGCAGAUCGAUUGCUCCACGACCGCUGUCCACUGUGUUUUGGUGGGGUUGACUGGGGAAAACCACUAUCCAGUGGUGGUGAUGUCCAACUGGGAGGAGAUGCAUGCUUUAGCUACCGUCACCUUCGUUCCGCGGGGGACGGCCCAAUUGGUUAUAAGCCCCAAUACUUUGUCUCGAAGGCAAAGGUUGAGCAGGUCCGACGGCGUGUAGACGAAGCUAAGCGAAGAAGGCCAACGCAGACCCUCGAUGACAGCUGUGCAGAAAAUUGGACAGCUGCCAACGAGAAGAAGAAGUUGGUUGAUCCCAAGCGAUAUGAUGCCAGCGGCAUCUUUGCUUUGAUAUGUCGCCAUGGUCAAACACUUUUCUGCUGCAACAUCGACACCCCAGGUGAACAGCACUACUACAUCAUUGCCCUCCUUGAGGAGGUGAUCCAACUUUUGCCUCCCGAUGCCACUAUCUCCCAAGCAUAUGAUGUAGGCUGUGUUAUUGACCGUAGCCAGUAUCUUUUUGAUGUCCUGGGGACAGGUGUUCGUGAACGAAUUAAGUUUGUUCUGAAUGCCAUGCAUGCCUAUGGCCACGAGUGGCGAUGCCAACUCCAAACUCACGUCGCAUCUGGACCAUUGACCAGUAUAUUGCCUUUGUCAACACAGACGGUUUCUACCGCUUGGGUGACUGGGUACUUCGGCAACAAUCCAAAAAUGUUCGGUCGCUAUUAUGAUGCUGGGAACCUGCUACGCAGAUGUGGUAUCCCUAUUUCUGAUCUGCGGGAUGAAUGGGCAGCUCAGAAAGCAGCCCAAACUUCUGGUCGUAGCCAUGCUCCAAAGCGCCUCCGCCGUGAUCUUGAUAAGGUGGUUGCCUUACAAGCUCAAAUUGAUGCCAUCGAAAAAUCUCUGGGAGAUGUUCGGGAGUCAAUCUCCAAUCAGACGGCUUCUAAUGACUCCUUUCGCCUCCUUCGUGAACUGCAGGCUACACAUGCUGACCUAGAGAGGCAGGCAGAGGCCUUAUACUCGUCUCUGAACAUCCAUCAGAUCUAUCCUGCUCUGGAAGGGCUACCUCCAGAGCUUGCCCGACUUUCUUGUUACUAUGCGUGA